AUGCUUUUCCCGUUUUGGAGGUGUUGGUGUAUUCUAGCCACCGGCCAUCAAGUCCUUGCACAGGUCAUAGUUGACACAAACGCCACGAACGCAACCGAACCUGUCCUUGCAACGAACAUCACAACCUCCCGCCUCCUCCUCCAGUACUACGGAACCGACGACGCAACAAUAAGCGGCAGGUACCAAAUCCUCCUCUGCGGCGCCGGCCAGACCGACUCCAAAGCCGCCAAGCUCCAAGCUCUCCUCCCCCUGAUCUGGCAGAAUCUCCAGGUAGCAAUCCAAGACGUCAAGAAAGGCACCACAUCCCAGCACGGCUACACCGCCUUCUUCAAAACCGACACCAACCAAGCGGCCGUGACGGACCUUUUCCACAAAAUCUCCGCCGGCGACCCCGUCCCCGUAUCCGCCGACCGAGCCACGCGCCUGGGAUCACCGACGGCGUCCCCAACCUUCGCCUGCAUGGAAGAAGGAGACGCCUUCACAGCGCACCUCUACGCCGAAUGCCUCGCCCGAAACACGGGGACGAUAUCCGCAACCCUGAUGACGUGGGGCGCGACGGAGAUCGUCUUCAUCUGCCCCUCCUUCUGGGCCCUCCCCGCCGGGCUCACGCGGGCCAGCUGCCCACGCGUCGUCCGCAACAGGGCCAGUCCGGACGACGAGGCGCUGAUCCGGAGCAUGUACGGCUCGGUCGUGCACAUGCUGGCGCACGUCUAUGUGCCCGAGUCGUUGGAUUACGGCAACAGUGUCGUGCAGGAGGUGGAUGGUGUGCAGGCUGCCAUUGAGCUGAACGCGACGGAGAGUCUGGUGACUGCGAGUAAUUAUGCGUUUUACGCUGCCGGUGAGUAG